AUGAGUGAUAAUAAUAUUAGCUAUAUACAAAUACCAUAUCAAGACCUUGACUCUGAGUUAUCCAGGUACAUAGACCUAGACUUCAUGAAAAAGCCGAGGGAAGAAGAAUACGUAAUUCACUUCGAAAAGACCAAGAAGUUACUUGAAUAUUUUAUGAAGAAAAGCGAAGAGAAAGAAUUCAAAUUAUUCUCAUUUAAACUUCCUACACCUCCCGAUCUUCCAUCUGCUUCACAACUUGUUAUUCAUAUCAAAUUAGAAAAAUUAUUGAAGAAAUAUCGAAAUCUAAAUGCAGAUUUUUAUAGUUCAUGUGUAGUUAAAAUCUCACGAGUUCUUUGCUUUCUAAAUGAUUGUAAAACUUCAGGAUUUAUUGCCGCAUUUAAAGCCGGCGAAUACAAAAAGAAUGCCAACUUUGAAUUUAAUACAAUGAAGUCAGUUAAAACUGUUAUCUCCAAAAUUGCUCAAUUAGAUCGUUUAUCCAAAAAAUACAAAUAUGACUCUCUUUAUCCAACAAUUUCUGAACAACUUAUGCAUGAUUCAUUGAAGAAUUUUCAAUCUCUAAUCGAAUCUAAGAAUGAUUAUUGUGAAAUAUCCGGCUUUGAUGAUUUAUUUUUCUGUUAUAUCUUUACUCAGAACAAAUACGAUAUUUUCAAACCCUACAUCGACGAUACCGUUACAAUGCUCAAAAACACAAUUUUUGGGAAUGGCUCCUCAGACGAUUUAUGGAAUUCUCCAAAAAUUCAGUUUUUAGGCAUUGCCAAGUGCUACAAUGCCAUUGGCGAGGUACUCAAUCCAUCGAAUCCGAAGCAAGCUACCAUCCUUCGCUGCGCCGUAGUCCGCUUUUACUUCGAUCAAUUAUACGUCAGAUGUCCCUACUUGAAUGUGAAGCUCGACCACACGCAGUACAAGCGGAAUUGUGAGAUUGUGCGCGAAAUGACGUGCGAAGAACUCGCAAUCAGCUCUGUAAUGCUCAAACCAGAGCAAUUAAAGAUGAAAUUUAAGGAUGUAGCCCUGAAUUAUGUAAAAGCAUUGGACUCUAUAUCACAGAUGCAGUUCUAUACAGAUCCUGCCGCAUUUGCGUGGCUGUCUCUCAAAGCAAUGAAUUAUAUUGAUUUUAUUGCGAAGAAAAACAUGAACAAAGUUAAUGAAAACCAAGAGGAGCCUGAUCAGAAUAACACUAUUCUCGCUUUCGAUGACAUUUUCUCUGUUUAUUGGCCGUUGAUGGCAAUGUGGCCCCUACCGGACCCAAUGUCUCUGGCCUUGUUCAUAAAGACAGCGGUUGGAUUGAAACUCACAUCUCAAAUGGAGUACGCUAAAACUGUCUUCGUUUCAGCAAUCGAAUACAUCAAAAAUUUCCAGCCAGAUAACGUUUGA